GCUUAAGCUCAGCUAGCAAGUUGCAAAGUAGUAUAGCACCAUAGCUGGUUCUUGCUUACUUCGCUCUGCUUUUGCUUUGGUCGCCGGAAUACUGAGAGAAGAAAAUAUGAGGACGCAGAUGGUGAUCAGGAUGCACAUCAGCUCUGAGAAGGGCUACUCCAAAGCUAUCAAGGUGGCAGCUGCAGUCACCGGUGUUGAGUCCGUGACGAUCACGGGCGAGGACAGGAACCUACUGCUGGUGAUCGGCGCCGGGAUCGACUCAAACCGCAUCACCGAAAAGCUGCGCCGCAAGGUCGGCAAAGCGGAGGUGGUGGAGCUGCGCACCGUCGACCACCACUAUGGAUCAAACCACCCCGGCGACCACCAUCCGUACCGCUACCACCCGAACCAGAGCCUGUACAAGCACGAGGCCGCGCUCGACCUCCACUACUACACUGAGGGCUACCAGAACGCGGCCGGGACGUACGGACAUGACUACUACGGCGGCGGUGGUGGCUACCAGGGCCACCAGUACAAGCAGCACAACUACUAUGCCUAUGCGCCGACGCCGGGGAACACCCACACGGUGGUGCACCACGGCCACGGGUACUCGGACGAUCCCAACAGCUGCUCCAUCAUGUAG